AAAUGACUCCAGUGAGCCUUUUUUAAUAGGUUGACAGAGAGACAGACCAAUCUUCUUCUGUUGAAAAUUUUCCACCCGUCGAGGCGUCUAUAAGCUCUUGUAAAGAACACGCGUCAUUCAUCUCUCUGUCUCCAUUCUUCUUUCAAGGUUCUGAAAGAAGCAUUGCAGAUUCAUAAAAGAGAUCAGCGGGAGAAAUAAAGAUGGAUUCCAAAGCUAUCCCAUUUCAUUUUGUUCUGUUCAUGGCAUUGGUCUUGAAUGUGGGAGGAGUUGGAGUGAACUGGGGGACAAUGGCCACCCACCACCUCCCCCCUGAAAUGGUUGUGGAGAUGUUACGUGUAAAUGGUUUCGACAAGGUGAAGUUGUUUGAAGCCCACGAAGGGAUUCUCCGAGCUUUGAUUGGGACUGAUAUCGAGGUUAUGCUUGCUAUUCCGAACAACAUGUUGCAGGACAUGGUUGAUCCCGAUUUGGCUGCCAAUUGGAUUGAAGAGAAUGUGACCAGCUACCUCAAUAAUGGCGGAGUAAAUAUCAAGUACGUUGCUGUGGGAAAUGAACCCUUUCUUCGAUCUUACAAUGGCACCUUUCUGAAGGUUACACUGCCAGCCCUGCGGAACAUCCAGCGAGCCCUGGAUGAUGCUGGCCUUGGGUCCCGAAUCAAAGCAACAGUCCCCUUCAAUGCCGAUAUCUACAAUUCGCCGGCCUCAAAUCCAGUCCCAUCUGCUGGUGACUUCCGCAGGGAGAUACGUGACAUUGUGCUUGAAGUAGUCGAAUUUCUCUACAAUAACAAUGCGCCCUUCACUGUAAACAUUUACCCAUUCCUCAGUCUUUACGGGGAUCCCUACUUCCCUGUGGAUUAUGCAUUCUUCGACGGCACAAAGAAGCCCAUCAAGGAUGGAGAUGUUGCUUACACCAAUGUGUUUGAUGCGAACCUCGACACGCUCUUGUGGUCACUGAAGAGAGCUGGCUACCCCAGCAUGCAGAUAAUGGUGGGAGAAGUUGGCUGGCCUACUGAUGGUGACAAGCAUGCUAACAUUAAGAACGCAAAGAGGUUCAAUCAGGGUCUCCUGCGACAUGUGCUCAGUGGGAAAGGAACCCCAAUGAAAAGAGGAAGGAUUAAUGUUUACUUGUUUAGCCUUCUUGAUGAAAAUGCCAAGAGUAUUGCACCAGGCAACUUCGAGAGGCACUGGGGUAUAUUCGAGUUUGAUGGGAAGCCCAAGUACGAGUUCGAUCUGUCUGGCCAUGAAGAAAACAAGGGACUCAUUGGGGCAGAAAAUGUGGAAUACUUCCCUAUGAGAUGGUGUGUAAUGAAUCCCAACGCUGAUGAUCUCACAGAAUUAUCAUCCAAUUUCCAGUAUGCUUGUAGCUUCUCCGAUUGCACAGCUCUGGGAUAUGGGUCUUCAUGCAACCACCUGGAUGUCCGAGGGAAUGCGUCGUAUUCCUUUAAUAUGUUUUAUCAAUGGAACAACCAGAGGAAUUGGGACUGUGAUUUCUCUGGUCUAGCAGUGGUGACUGAUGUGGAUCCAUCAGUUGGAGAAUGUCGGUUUCCGAUCAUGAUUGCAUAUGGUUUUUCAGUGUCCCUCCGGAGGGGAGUCAUAGGAAAUUUAUUGAUUGUAGUUUGGGAAGCUUUGAUGUUGGUAUUACUUGUAUGAGAGAUCAAAGGA